CUCCCGGCAUUACAACAAAAAAAACACGCGCAACUCUCCGGUUCACUCUGAUCGACGUUGUUCUUGAAACGCAACUAGUACUGAGGGUUUCAGACCGGAGUUGUGUCUUUCUUUCCUCUUUCGGAAAUCAAGUUCCUGGACGCGGAUAUCGGGGGGAGUGAGACUUUUACGCGUGACAGUCAAACACCGCCAGGAGGGAGUUCACGUCAGAGUUCACGUCUUUUCCACCACUGAGACGAGGGAUAUUUUGUUCUAUAUUUGUACCUUCCUCCCUCCCCCUAAGAGCGUUAACGACUUUAAACAGGAGGAGUAUCUUUUUUAAGGAUUUCCAAAAGGAGCGCCCUCAUUGUCCCGAGCGCACGUUCAGACCACGACUCAGACCCGCAGAGCCGGAUCGGACUGUGCCGAACCGCCUCCUGUCACCUGAAUGUUCUCCUCCAUGGCUUGUGAGGGGAAGUAGCCUCCCGGAGUGGGAGAUGGCUCUUUACUUCCCCCCAGGUUACAGCCUCGCCCCCCUCCAUGUGUUGAAGGCGCAGUGGCUGUGAACCGCUCGGCUCUUCGCUAAAGAGAUAUUGCAUGCACCUUUUUAAUGUUAAGUAUGACUGCAGCAGCAGGUGUGCUGACGGGCUUGGCGAAGCUCAAACGCCAAGACUCCGCCCGCUCUCAGCACCGGUCCUCAUCGGCGGCGCCGGGCCUGGGCAGCACCCCGGAAGCUGCUCCCAGGAAGCGUAAGCGGCGCACCGACGUCGUGGUGGUGCGCGGCAGGCUCCGCCUCAACUCCGCCUCCGGGUUCUUCGUCUUCCUGGGAUUGAUCGUCCUGGCGGUGGGGAUCUGCAUGGCGACGCUGGGUUACUGGCCGCACGGUGAAACCGUGAGCUCGGCCCGAUCGCCGAGCUCACCUAAAACAUUUGGAGAUAGCGCUGAGACGGCCGCGAGGGAUGAGAACGCCACUAGGGACGAGGACGCCGCGAACUCCAGCACGAGUCACGACGUGCGAGGUACCUCCUCCAGGCAGACAGGUGGCGCCCUGACGCGGUUCCUGGAACAGCAUCGUCACUCGGCGAGGAUGAAGAUGUUCGGGCCCUUCACCAUGGGCAUCGGGAUCUUCAUCUUCAUCUGCGCCAAUGCCAUUCUUCACGAAAACAGAGACCGAGAAACUAAGAUUAUCCACAUGCGAGACAUGUACUCCACCGUCAUCGACAUCCACCGCCUCAGGCAGCGGGAGCAGAAGCACCACCGUCACCGCGACGGCGCCAGAGAAGUCGGCGAUCGGUUCGCCAGCAACUCCCUCCUGGCGUUCUCCUCCCGGGCCGGAGGCGAAGGCUCCGUCGAAGAGGAGGAGGUGCUGUUGGGGGACGAGGAGUUUCGCCGACACGGGGGUCACCAGGCCCGGUUGGAUUGCAGCUUCGCGGGGCUGCUGGCGCCGCUCUACAAGGACCGUCCCUUCAGGCCGGCCCGCUCGGACUCGGCGCGGCGCCAGUGGUCGGUGGACGGCGACGGCGAGAGGGGAGGGCACCACGCGCGCUCCAUCGUCUCCUCCUCCCUCUCCGCGUUCACCCUCCCCGUGAUUAAAAUCAACAACUGCGUGAUCGACGAGCCCGAGAUGGAGGCGAUCACCGAGGAGGAGCGCGGAGGGGAGAGGUCGCGGCCCCCGGCCUCCGUGGAGUCUCUGGUGGUCCCCGCGGCGACCGUGGCCAAGGCCUCCAAACCGCCGGGCUUACACCGGAGUCACUCCGCCUCCUCCUCCUCCCACUGCUCCUCCGUCUCCUCUUGCUCCCUCUCCCCGGCGCCCUCCUCUACCUCGGGCUGCUGGCUCUCCCCCGGGGCGGCGAGGAGCGACUUCGGCUCCAACUCCUCGCUGCACAUGCCCGGCGGCCACUCGAAAUCCCUGGACCUGGAGCGAGGAGCGAGCGCGCCCGGCGUGCACCCGGAGCAGCAGCGGAAGCACCCCAGCUGGCCCCGCCUCGACCGUAGCAACAGCGGCCGUAGCAACAGCGGCAUCCUGGGCGGCGGCGGCGGCAAAGGCUACGCGCGGCUGGAGGACAGGGAGGAGCGCGGCGAGCGGCCGGCGGACGCGUCGGCGAGGCGCGACUACAGCCGGCGGGAGAAGCUGCUGAUGAUCUCGAGGUCGCACAACAAUCUGAGCUUUGAGCGCGGCGAGUUCAACAGCAGCGCGAUGAAGAGGGGCAGCUCCGAGACGCGCUUCUGAAGGGCGGUGAACUCGUCCUGUUCUGUAAAUUCCUCCCCGGGACCGUGCGAGCACAGCGGCGAGGAACGGAAAAUCAAACGGCGAGGGUUUCGAAGACUCUUUCCGUGAGAAGGAGAGCGGUCAGCGAUGGACCGCCUCGCACAGGUUCGGGCCCGAGUGCCGACUGUAGGUGCAUACAUGCUGUAUCUGACCCUGACCUGUGACCUCUGCUACAGGGAUCAAUCAAAAAUAAAUCACAUGACAACA